AUGGGCGUCCUGCGAAUGCGAAGCAUGAAGGAUAGGAAGGUGGACGUCAUGGCGGAAUCAACCUCUCAAUGGGCGGACUACAAGGUUUAUUACCACAACCAGACUCUCGACCACUUCAACUAUAGGCCGGAGAGCUACACAACCUUUCGACAGAGAUAUGUGAUGAACGCCAAGUACUGGGGUGGUGCAAAUACCAGCGCUCCCAUCUUCGUCUACCUUGGAGAUGAGGCAGCUUUAGAUUUUCAAAUUGGUUCUGCGGGAUUCCUGUCCGACAAUGCCCCUAAGUUUAAAGCCCUUUUGCAUCGCUAUUAUGGAAAAUCAAUUCCCUUUAGUUCAAGGGAAGAAGCCUUCAGCAAUGCCAGCACUCUUGGAUACUUUAGCUCAUCACAAGCUAUAGCAGACUAUGCCGAGAUUAUUCUACAUAUCAAGAAAAACUUGUCUGCAGAGAAAAGUCCUGUGAUUGUUGUUGGGGGAUCAUAUGGUGGAAUGCUGGCUGCAUGGUUCCGUCUAAAAUAUCCACAUAUUGCUCUUGGGGCAUUAGCAUCAUCGGCACCAAUUCUUUAUUUUGAUGAUAUCACACCUCAAGAUGGAUAUUACUCUGUUGUCAGCAAGGAUUUUAGAGAAAAGAGUGAGAAUUGCUAUAAUACCUUAAAGCAGUCCUGGUCUGAGAUUGAUAGAGUUGCCUCUCAACCAAAUGGCCUUUCAAUACUUUCAAAACAAUUCAUGACUUGCUCCCCAAUAACCUCAGCUUCCCAGCUCAAGGAUUAUUUGGACUCUAAUUACUGUGAAGCUGCCCAAUAUGCUUCUCCUUCAGGAGAUGGAGUUUCAAGGAUUUGCAAUGCCAUUGAUGGAACCUCCAACCAUACCGAUAUUCUUGGUAAAAUUUUUAAAGGACUAGUUAGUUUCAAUGGAAACUGGACAUGCUAUGAUGUAAAUGCAUUCAACAAUCCAAGUGAAACAGAUGAGGGGUGGAGUUGGCAGACAUGUAGUGAGAUGGUAAUGCCCAUAGCCCAUGGUAAUGACACCAUGUUCCAAGCGGAAUCUUUUGACCUAGAUGCAUUCGUCCAAGACUGCAAGAAUGCUUAUGGCGUCAGCCCUAGGCCUCAUUGGAUCACGGCUGAGUUUGGUGGUGAUGAUAUUAAACUGAUCCUUGAGAGAUUUGGAAGCAACAUCAUAUUCUCAAACGGACUCAAGGAUCCUUACAGUAGUGGAGGUGUGUUGAAAAGCAUUUCAAAGAGCCUUCCGGCCAUAUAUACAACUGAAGGAUCCCAUUGCUUAGAUAUACUUCCCUCAUUACCAAAUGAUCCGAAGUGGUUAAUCAAGCAACGACGUAGAGAGGUCGAAAUCAUCUCCAAUUGGUUCAGGCAGUACUACACGGAUCUUGCAAAUCAUUGAUGUAACUAUUAGA